UCGCGCUGAACGAAGCGGAGAAGAAGCUCGUGCUGAGUCGGAGAGGAUCAGGAAGCGCGAGCUGAUCUGCUGUCCUCUGCUGUAGGAGUUCACUUCCCUACAUGGUCUAAAUUUACCUCCACAGACACAUCAGGAGAUGCCUCCACAUCACACUGCUGAAAUCAGGAGAGAUUAACUCUGAAAACAUGACGUCCAGAAGUAUCUCUGAGCCUCAGCAAACGUCGUCUGGUCCUCUCCACAAUGACACGUCUCCCACAGAAACGCAGAAACAUACCGAGAAGAAGAGAAACCAUCAGUGCUCCGAGUGCAGGAAGAGCUUUCCUGAUCAGAGUCAUCUCCAGAGACACCAGCGCAUUCACACCGGAGAGAAACCGUAUCAGUGCUCGGAAUGUGGGAAGAGCUUUAGUGACAAACGCAACUUGAAAACACACCAGCACAUUCACACCGGAGAGAAACCGUAUCAGUGCCCAGUUUGUGGGAAGAGUUUUAAUCAACAGAGUAACCUUCAACUACACCAGCUGAUCCACACAGGAGAGAAGCCGUACAGCUGUUCGGAGUGUGGGAGGAGUUUUAAUCAGCACAAUCACUUCCAGCUACACAAGCGCAUUCACACCGGAGAGAAACCGUAUCACUGCUUGGUCUGCGGGAAGACGUUUAAUCAGCAGAGUAACCUGCAGUUACACCAGCGCAUCCACACCGGGGAGAAGCCGUAUCAGUGCUCCGAGUGCGGGAAGAGCUUCAAUCAGCAGAGUCACCUCCAGCUACACCAGCGUGGUCACACCGGAGAGAGGCCGUAUCACUGCGCAGAGUGUGGGAGGAGUUUUAAACAGCAGAGUAACCUACAAGUCCACCAGCGCAUUCACACUGGAGAUAAACCCUAUUACUGCUCAGACUGUGGGCGGAGCUUCAGGCAUUCAAAUUGCGGAGAACCUCAGGUGCCACUGUGAGAGAGAACCUGCUGAGAUGUCUUCAACGAGCAGAUGGACCCGCACAACUACCAGAGUGUGAUCUUAUCCUAAUCUGACUGUCCGGAUUAUCUGAUCAGGAAAGCAGGAGGGCUGUCUAAGCACCCUUUCUUGGCUCCGGAGUUUCGGCAGCUGCUCAGAAAAUCUGCGUCCGUCGCCCCUGUGUUGAAAUCACAUCCGCUGUGAAAUCCGAAUCUCCAGGCUGGCUGCUUUCCUCGCAGCGCUGCGGCUUUCGCUCCGUCUACCUGCCUGCUGGCCUCUUAGCGGUGGGCUAUGGAGGUAACAGCACAGUGCACACACGAGUUAACCAGCGCUUCAUGGAGGGGGUCUAACUCGAGGUACAAAGGGCAACAUCGCGGCCUUAGGUGAGGGUCCAGUACAGCGGGGCACUGUUUACAGCCGCGCUGGGAAUACAUGCUGUCUAGACUGAGUGAUGAUGUCAGGCGCUCGAGCUGAGAUGGUUUAUCUUUCUAUCAUUUUAACUGUGCGAUUAAAAAGCAUAUAGUAGAAGAUGGUGCUGACAGAAUGUACUGUGGCGUCGCUGCGCUGCGCUGUAAGAGUUCAGUUUUCAGAAAUGUUUAUGUUGGGCUGUGUUAAGACUUGUAUGUUGAAGAGCCUGAAUGCGGGGGCAGUGGUGGGUUUCCAGAGCAGAGCAGAGGGCUGUGUUUAGCUGUUAGCGCUGGAGAGGCUGUGUUUCUUCUGUUUUCAGCAAAUUAAAAUUGAAACUGCGUUAUGGAUCGAAACCUCGAGUCGUCUGAGUUCCUCCAAGAACCCAGAUCGGUGCUGUGUUCUGCAGUCUGCACCGUUAUUGAUUUAGCCAAAACAGAAAAAUAUAUAUCUAUACAGCUUUCUUCACUGGGUUUCUUCACACACACACUGUAAGUUGAGGUUCUGGUGGAGGAGAACACGGUUACAGUCGAUCACUGUCAGUGUGUUACUGAGUCAAUCACUAAAAUGAAUCUAAAUUAAUAAACUGUUCCGAUAUCUUAGUCCACAGAGCUGUGACUGUAAAUCAGUACUGCGUUUUACAGGAAAUCCUGUAAACUGAACUGACCACAACAAUGACUGUCAUAAAAACUAAUAAUAAAAAUUAAACAUUCACCAGUUUUCUCUGAUCAUUAAUGAUAUAUUCAACUGAGAAGGAUAAGAUUUCUAUAACUACAUAGAAACUAUUCUAAAACAAAUUUUACAGACGUUAUUGGUAAAAUUCAGUUGAUUAAUCAGAACAAGAAAGGAAUGAGUUAAUAACUAGAUCAUAAAACCAAAGUGAGUCACGUUCCAUAUUAAUAUCAUUAUAUUAACGUUUAUAUUAAUGUUCUCAGACAUUCCUGUUUAAGAGCUGAGAUGUGUUUGUGUGAUUAUUCUCUGAGACUUUUAGUUUGGCUUAAUUUGUUAUUAACUGUCCUGUCAGACACUCAGAGUCGGAGCUGAACUGAGAGCUUCUCUGAUCUGACGGAGUCGCUGAGAUGAACAUCAGUGAGUUUCUGUCCACUGUUUAACUUCAGCUCUGAAACAGCUAAACCUGCUGCUUUAUAUGGUGCUGCAUAAUUAGACCUAAUUUACAUAUAAUUUACAAACCUGUCAGUGAGUCUUUGAUCUUCUCUGCUCGUCUGCUUUUAUCUUAUUUUAUUGGGUUUCGUUUUUUUCCUUCUUUUUCUCCUGAUGAUUUUCUUUGUGUUUGAAAAGUUGAAGAAUCUGUGAUUAAAUUUUCACUGUUU